UAUAAACAAUGCACAUGCAAAUGCACUUGUAGAUCUUAAUAAAUUAUUAUUAUAUUAUAUGAAGUAAAUGAGGUAAAUAACAUUUGCCAUUUCAAUGAAAUGCUAAUAUGUAAACAGUCAUUUGUAUGCAAAAAUCUUAACCGAAAAAGGGUAAAAAAUUCAAUUGAGCAUGGGCAAUCGUAUGAGUAGUUUAUGGUGUAAAAAGUCAACAUUACAAAUUGCUGAUAAAAACACAAUAAACAAUCUGAAUGACAAUAAGACAAACAACUCCAAUUCCAAUUCAAAUUCCAAUAUAAAUAAUAAAAGCGGCAUUUUUCGAACGCACAGUAGUCGUUACCCUUCUCUAAGUUGUAUUUCCAGAGAUAAAAAAGGUGAUUUACCCAAAAAGAGUAACACUACCAGUGAUAUAAAUAUAAGUGCAGAUAAAGCACCAAAUGAAAUUGUAAUAAUUAACAUCAACACACCAAACACACUCUUAAAUAAUUUAACUAAAGAAGCAACAGUAACACCUACAACACCGACAAUAACAACAACACCGAGAACAACAACAAAUACAGAGAAGCAAGCAAUAUCAACAAUUGAACAAGAAUUUGAAAAAAUUAUAACAAAUUCAAACGAAACUGCAUUAUCACACGGCAGACCAAUAACAAUACAGCCGACGACAAGAACUAAAGCAUUUAUAACAACAACACCAACGCCAGAGAUAGCAACAACAAUUUCCACUAAUAUUAAAACGAAUCCAAAAGUAUCAACAUCACAAACGUCAACAGAGAGUUUAAAGUCAGCUUCAACAAAAGCAACAACAAUGAAAUUUAAUCCGAAUUUACCCACCACUGUCAAG